AUGAACAUCCUCCCAGUUCCCCCAUCGAGGGGCCUCGCUCGAGCGAGCUCGAAGGAUUAUAACAGACUCACCUCUGCAUGCCAUAGGCGAUCGAACCAUACCAGUGCUCGCUUCAGCACGACCGCACAGUUCCUCGACCUUCCUCCCCGCGAUCUCAAGGCCGAAAAUGCAAAAACUCGCAAAGCUGAGCGCGAAUUCCUAUUGUCGUUGCUGAAGAACGCACCGACGAAGCGGGAUGCGAAAGCAUACCUCUCGCACUUUGACCUGCCGCAGAAAGAUGGGCUUACACUCAAGCCUAAUCCUGCGGAGCCAGGCAAGGUUGACAGUUGGUGGCUUCAUAAGACGGGCGUCAAUCUGGGGAAUCUAUAUACACCUACAAGAGCGAUCGGGGAGAGCCCAGUGUUCAGCUAUGCACCUCUUCUAGAGCAAACCGUAGUCGCAACCACUGAUGGUCCGGACACUAUCCAUGUUGCGCUGGUGAAGCUCAGACAACCACAAAUCCUCGACGACGAUAUAUUGGAUGGGAUCGGCCUGACGUUGAGCCAGUUGGUGCGACUAGGUUUGAAUCUGGUCGUUGUUGUCGACUGUGAUACUGAGAGAGGAUCCGAGCACUGCGGUGCGAUAUCGAAAGAGUGGGAGCAGAAAGUCCACGAACACACAGAUCGCGUCGUUGAGGCAAUCGCAGCGCAUAAUGCGCAUGGUGUACUGAAGAUAUCAGAUGCGCUCGGAUUCUCGGAAUACGAACCCGAGGUUCCUACUGCAAUUCGUGUUAGGGGUGGGGUUGAGGUCACUAAUAAUAAACUUCUGAUACCCCUCUUGGAUGCUGGAAUUAUCCCAGUACUGCCACCAGUGGCGUCGGAAGUGCAUCUCCAGAACAAUCGGCGCGUACAAGCAGAUGAUAUCAUGCUGGCGCUCACUAGAGAGCUGGCUGGGAUCAAACAACCGACUGAAUACGAUCAGGCCAAAGCUGACGACAGCAACGUGAAGCGAAAGAAUACGUCUAUAGAUCGCAUUAUCCUGUUGGAUCCUCUUGGGGGCAUCCCUUCGGAAGAGAGACCAGAUAAAGCGCAUGUCUUUAUCAAUAUGGAAGAAGAGUAUGAAGAUAUUAGGAGCGAAUUGCAGCGCUCUUGUACAGGCGACACCAGUGUGACUACGACCACUAACUCAAAUAAGGCGUCUAUACUCGGAACCAGCAAUCCCUUUUCACAAUUUGUGGAGCAGGAGAUUUCUCCACUGCAUGUGUCGCAAUCAUCGGGCAGAGAUGCAAUUGAGACUGAAGUAUUGUUGUCACCCCGACAUAUCAAGAACCUUGACUUGUUCCAGCGGUCUUUGAAAUUACUACCUCCGGGAUCGUCAGGUCUGAUCAUCACCCCGAGCGCGGCAGCGAUCUCUGCGCAUCUACCGAACAUCGCCCCCACACCUGCAACGGGAGUCCGAACGCGCCGUUCUAAGAACCCCCUGAUUCACAAUCUACUCACAGACAAGCCGAUGAUCUCGUCUUCGUUACCGCUGUCUCGAUUCCAUGUCCACUCAACGGACCCUGGAACAGCUUCAGAUGGACUUUCGAAUCAUCCGACCUUUGUCAAACGUGGGAUUCCGGUGACUAUGAUCCCCGACCCUCGCCGUGAUGCGUGGAGUGUACCUGGUCCCAAAGGUACGAAUCUCUCCCUCAACGACGCGAGGAUUGACUUUCCACGCCUUCUUUAUCUCAUUGAGGACUCCUUCGGCCGCACGCUUGACGUCCGACACUACCUUGCACGCAUCCAGAACCGGAUUGCCGGCAUCAUUAUUGCUGGUGAGUACGCGGGAGGUGCCAUCUGCACCUGGGAAACACCUCCCAACUAUCCAAAUGCUCCGCCUGUGCCAUAUCUCGAUAAAUUUGCUGUGCUUCGGAAAGCGCAAGGCACAGGUGGAGUAGCAGACAUUGUCUUCAAAGCUCUGCUUCGGACUUGCUUUCCGAACGGCUGUGUCUGGCGGAGUCGUACCAACAACCCGGUCAAUAAAUGGUACAGGGAGCGCAGUGCUGGAAGCUGGAAGCUGCCGGGUGGCCAAUGGACCAUGUUCUGGACCAUGGAAGGUAUGGAGAGUAUGCGAGCACAGGGUGAUCCUGAGAGUGUUCAGAGGUGGCUGGAAUGGGUCGAUGUGUGUCAGAAUGUCGCGCCAAGCUGGGCGGACCAGAAACCACCGGACUGA